GGCUUCUGGGUCUCCACUCUCUCUGCAACGGCUACUCGACCCACUCUCGUGGAGCGCUCCUUUUAUGUAAAGAGAGAGUCGGAGAAAGAAACGAAGAAGCAGCUCCCACAUUGCCCUUUUUAGAGCUCCGAAUCCCCCAAAAAAUCCCCAAAUCCCCUUUCCCCUCGAUCUCCGAUUCGGAUCUCUCGAGCGAGAAGAGGAGGAGGAGGAGGAGGAAGGAGCCAUGAACAUUUUUAAGAAGAAGACCUCCGCGAAAGAUGCUCUCAGGACGAGCAAGAGAGAAAUGUCAGCGGCCACAAGAGACAUCGAGCGGGAGAUUGGUUCUCUGCAAUUAGAGGAGAAAAAACUGGUCGCAGAGAUUAAGAGGACUGCAAAAACUGGAAAUGAGGCUGCCACUCGAAUCUUAGCUCGACAGCUUAUUCGGCUCAGGCAACAAAUCCUUAAUUUGCAAGGAACCCGUGCACAGAUAAGAGGUGUAGCAACUCAUACCCAGGCUAUGCAUGCUAGCACUUCAAUUUCUGCUGGAAUGAAGGGUGCAAGCAAAGCAAUGGCAGCAAUGAACAAGCAAAUGGAACCAGCUAAACAGGUGAAGGUGAUGAAGGAAUUCCAGAAGCAAUCAGCCCAGAUGGAUAUGACGAUUGAGAUGAUGUCAGAGGCCAUAGAUGAAACUCUGGAUAAAGAUGAAGCCGAAGAGGAAACAGAAGAGCUCACUAACCAGGUGCUUGAUGAAAUUGGGGUAGACGUUGCCUCUCAGCUCUCUUCAGCUCCUAAAGGUCGAAUAGCAGUGAAUAACAAGAAGGUCGAGAACAUCCCAAAGCGAACUGCAGCUCCUGAAGCUUCUUCCGAAGUUGAUGAUUUGGAGAAGAGGCUGGCGUCUCUUCGGCGCAUCUGACCACCUAAAGAAUGAAAUUUAGAUGUCUGCUGCUAUGUAUAUCUAUCUCAUUUUACUAGUUAAACAAUUGGUUAUUGCCGUUGUAUUUGCUGCUAUUUUCUGCUCUCAGGUGGACACUCGCGUAAACGUAAGAAGCACAUGAACCUUUUUAUCCUUUGUACUUACUAGUAUGCGAACUGCUAAUGUGUAAUAAGAUUUACAAGGGACCAUCUUAUAAUCUACAUUAUAUAAUAGGAUACAAGAAGACUAUAUAAAGAGACAUAUUUGGAAUACUAAACUUGUUUCUUUUGGA